GGGGCGGGGCUGACUGUUGCAUAGCAACGGAGGGCGGAGCGCAGCGCGCGCAGCCUCAGUCUCGCUGGAACCCGUGCCGUCCGCCCCUUAAGAGGCUCGAGCUGUCGCGUCUGCCUCGCGCUUGCUCUCCGGGUCCUGCUACCGCGCGUAGGACGCUUCCCAUACUUUGCCGCCAGGCUCCUCGUUUCGAAGUCCGCCGCGGCGAACAUGGCCUCAGGAGUUCAGGUUGCGGAUGAAGUAUGUCGCAUUUUCUAUGACAUGAAAGUUCGGAAAUGCUCCACGCCAGAAGAAGUCAAGAAAAGAAAGAAGGCUGUAAUUUUUUGUCUCAGUGCAGACAAAAAGUGCAUAGUUGUUGAGGAAGGCAAAGAGAUCCUGGUUGGAGACGUUGGUGAGACCAUAACCGAUCCUUUCAAGCAUUUUGUGGGAAUGCUUCCUGAGAAAGAUUGUCGCUACGCUUUGUAUGAUGCAAGCUUUGAAACCAAGGAGUCCAAAAAAGAAGAGCUGAUGUUCUUCUUGUGGGCACCAGAACAUGCGCCUCUGAAAAGCAAAAUGAUCUAUGCGAGCUCGAAGGACGCCAUCAAGAAGAAAUUUCAAGGCAUAAAGCAUGAGUAUCAAGCAAAUGGACCAGAAGACCUCAAUCGGACUAGUAUUGCAGAAAAGCUCGGUGGCUCCUUAAUCGUAGCUUUUGAAGGAUCCCCUGUUUAGAUCAUCAGCCAGUGCCACAAAUUGAAAGCUUCCAUGUCUAACACUAUCCUUUCACUAUAGAAGUAAAGCAAAUAUACUAGGUCAGGAUCUCACUGAGGGGAAUUUGUCUUGUCAUCUUUAUAGUAAACUAAAAAUUCUAUAGAUGUGUGCAAAUACCAACACCUACAUAAAUCUAGCCUCUAAAGUUUCAUUGGUGUGGAAUUAUUCUUAUUGGCCAAAUGCCUACUUUCAUCAAGUGACUUAACAAAGAUUUUUGUUGAGCUCAGGAUUUUAAUAACACAGUUCACAAAACAGUACAAGGCAAUGUGAAGCGAACUCUAAAUCUUCACUAACCUCAGCAGUUACUUUUGUUUCCUUUGCUUAGAAAACUGAUUGUAAUCUAUGUAUAAUUUUCAUCCAAAUUCUAUUUUUCCUUGACUUAAACAAAAUAAUGAGGUAUAAUUUCCUUUAGUGUGUACAACACUAAUAUACACUAACAGCAGUAACUAAGCCAGGCAGUCUUCAUUCAUCAGAUAUAUUAUGAGACUGCUUCAGAAUUGUGUCUGCUUAGAAUUCACGCUGUUCUUGCAGCACACCAUCCAGAGCACGGUGCUGGAAUGCAGGAAGCAGCCCUGUACCUGCAGCAAGAGGCUCCCUGGGCUGGGAAACUGCUUAUAGUGACUUUGUGUGUUAGAAAUCAUGGUAUAUCCUCAGGAGAAUGUUCAGUGUCUUGUAACAACUAAUUAUAUUGCAAAUUAGGGCUUCAUUGUAAUCUACUUCAUUAAUGAAAAAUGAUAAAGCAGUGUAUUUAAAAAUGUCAGGGUGCUCUCAAUCUUUAAUUUCUCCUUCAGAACCCUACUGCGUCUGGUAUAGUAGGAUGUGGAAGAGUGUUGUGUUUCCUAUGGGGCCUGGGAGGAUGCAAAUCCCUAGAGCAGUUUACCAGCUGUGUGGGAAGCGGGAACAGGUACCACGGAUGGCACUCACGGGGGCCUGCCUAACGACACUUGGAAGUGAUAACAUCACAGGCAUGAUACCACACAGUGUAGAGAUGCACAAGCAGCUGAACUUAGAAGUAGCAAUGCUGGCUUUAUGUAAUAAAGGAAGCAUUUGUAACU